AUGUCGAACAAAGUUGGUCAUGAAGGCACACAGCCUAAUCAACCUUCUUGUCCUACAUCGGCACAAGAUUUAAAUCAACAUCGUCGACAAAGGGAAGAACAGGAUUCAAACCAGUCGAAUCAACGUCGUCGGGUGGAUGAUACAUCUGCAUCAGAAGACAACAGAAAUAGUUCUAGCUUAAGCAUCAGUCAGGAGAAUCUUGAGAGUUUACGCGAGAAAUUUUAUCUCCAAUGGGAUAGGCAGAUGGAGGAGGAUGCGAUACAUGACAGUGAUAAUGAUGAUGACGACGACGACGAUGAGACUGUGGAAGAAGAGAGUUUAGAUUCUGAUGAAGGCUGGAAUUCAAAUAACCAAGACGAUCAAAAUCAAGAAUGGACUUACAGAUCAUUGGCAGCAGAAGUAGACCAUGACAUAUUAUUGGCAGCAGAAGUUGUCCAUGACAUAGAAUUCCGAGUUACCAACGAAGAUGGAUCAGUUAGACGACGUCAGCGAUAUGAUUUUGGGAUGCUUAUCUCGUUGAACAACAACGUUGGGACUUCAGAUAUAGAUGGCUUGAGUUAUGAACAACUAAGGGAACUGGACGAAAGCAUUGUCAUGGUACAAAGAUUAUCAAAAGAAAUUAUCUCAAAGCAGUUAAAAACAAGAGUUCACACAACAUCUGCAGACUCUACGAAAGAAAAGAUUGAAAUUUGCACCGUAUGCCAGGAUGGAUAUGAGAACAAGGAUAAGAUUGCAACUCUUGAUUGCAAACAUGAAUACCACGAAGACUGUAUAACACAAUGGUUGGUACGGAAGAACGUUUGCCCUAUCUGCAAAAGACAAGCUCUGAUGAUGGAAGAAAGCAAGGGAGAAGAAGUGAACGAAUGUUAA